GAUAUUUUGAUAUAUUUUCACAUUCCUAUCUGGAUCAAGUUUGCAGAUAAACAAUAAACAAUUUUGGUACUUUCCCCAUUAUAGAGUAGCAAAUGAUAUUACUAUAUUUUGUGGUAGAAGGAAGAUCUUCAACGGAAUUACAGACGGUUGCAUCAGAAUGGCCAAAGAUUACUACAAAAUUCUGGGCAUAGAACGGAAUGCAUCCAGCGAAGAGGUGAAGAAGGGCUACCUGCGGAUGGCGCGGCGCUAUCACCCGGACAAGAAUAACCAUCCACAGGCGGAGGAUAAGUUCAAGGAGAUGAAAGCAGCGUACGAGAUCCUGUCCGACAAGGAGAAGCGCGAGAUCUACGACCAGUUUGGUGAGGAGGGCCGAAGGUUCCGUAACAAGCCGGCGACCUUCGCCCAGCCCACCUAUAAGACAUUUACACGGAAAACAACAUUUACUACUACAUUUACGGCCAACAACAAUGGCUCAACAUAUGAUGCAUCCAGAGGUUCAGGCCGCGGAACAUUUUUUAAAAGCACAUUUUUCUAUACCGGCAUCGGCAUUGGCAUUGUUGUUGCUGCUGCUGCUGGAUAUCUAACGUACAAACGUUUCCGAAGCGGAAACUUAGAAGAAAUAGCCAAGGCAGCUUCUGAAUUGACGGCUUCCGACGCUGCACCCAAUUUAUCAGCUAGUACUGUGGGAAAAAUAACUCAAGCUACAAUGGAAAAAACUAUGGCUACCAUAAAUUGGACUUUUAAAUGGAAGGAUUCCGAUGCCGCAUCGUCUUUAGGAUCUCCACCAGCUUCGUCAGCUAGUAUUGUGGAAAAAAUAGGUCAAGCUACAAUGGAAAAAACUAUAAAUAAGGCUUCUGAUGCCGCAUCCUCUUUAGGAUCUCAACUUGCUUCGUCAGCUAGUACAGUGGGAAAAAUAGGUCAAGCUACAAUGGAAAAAACUAUGGCUGCCGUAAACUGGGCUUUUAAAUGGAAGGAUUCCGAUGCCGCAUCCUCUUUAGGAUCUCAACUUGCUUCGUCAGCUAGUACAGUGGGAAAAAUAAGUCGAGCUACAAUGGAAAAAACUAUGGCUGCCGUAAACUGGGCUUUUAAAUGGAAGGAUUCCGAUGCCGCAUCCUCUGUAGGAUCUCCACCAGCUUCGUCAGCUAGUACUGUGGGAAAAAUAGGUCAAGCUACAAUGGAAAAAACUAUAAAUAAGGCUUCUGAUGCCGCAUCCUCUUUAGGAUCUCAACUUGCUUCGUCAGCUAGUACAGUGGGAAAAAUAGGUCAAGCUACAAUGGAAAAAACUAUAAAUAAGGCUUCUGAUGCCGCAUCCUCUUUAGGAUCUCAACUUGCUUCGUCAGCUAGUACAGUGGGAAAAAUAGGUCAAGCUACAAUGGAAAAAACUAUGGCUGCCGUAAACUGGGCUUUUAAAUGGAAGGAUUCCGAUGCCGCAUCCUCUUUAGGAUCUCAACUUGCUUCGUCAGCUAGUACAGUGGGAAAAAUAGGUCAAGCUACAAUGGAAAAAACUAUGGCUAUCGUAAACUGGGCUUUUAAAUGGAAGGACUCCGAUGCCGCAUCCUCUGUAGGAUCUCCGCCAGCUUCAUCAGCUAGUACUGUGGGAAAAAUAGGUCAAGCUACAAUGGAAAAAACUAUGGCUAUCGUAACCUGGGCUUUUAAAUGGAAGGAUUCCGAUGCCGCAUCCUCUGUAGGAUCUCCACCAGCUUCGUCAGCUAGUACUGUGGCCAGUGCAUCCAAGGAUGUCUUGUCGAAAGUGACAAAGUGGUUCCAGAAUUAAAGGACGUCUGUUUUCAUUUCUACCCCUUAUGAUAACAUUUUAUUCAAUUUGUGAACUAACUUCACCUAUAUCUUUUAUAAAGCCUUAAACUUUAAAGGUUUUAAUAAAUAAGUUUUAUAAAAUCAAAA